UGAGUCGCCACCUAAUUAAAAAAAAGGUAGACAGAGGACAAUUGAGUAGAGAGUCAAACUGGGCGUUCUUUUGCAGCCAAUCGUAGGUUACUACAUUUACAGGUCAAGUUUAAGUUGGUAAAAAUGUUAAUAGGUGCAACAGAGAUUAAUUAGCCUCAAGUUUAAAGAAAAUGAUUGUUUGUUACAGCAAAGGUCAUUAAGCAGCAUUCUCUGGUGACGGCAUCACAAAUUGGGCUGAUUAGAACCGUUUGAUGAUUAAUGUGACUUCAGGAAACACUACAAUGUUUGCUCACUUUGUACAAACAAACUUCACAUUAACAUUUUGUAAGUUCUUAUCAGAAAAUCUAGGUCAGGCACAUCUUUAUUCAGCAAUGAUUCAAGACAAAUCUCUCCCUCCUCUGAGUUACUUACUAUCAGAACAGUUAUUACACACAGUCUUCUGUCAUGAGGUCAUUGAGUUAUGAGGGAAGUUAUCAUGAUCAGUCUUUCACUGAGCUUAGGUCAACAAGUGUUCUGCUUUAUUUUUCUUCUUCCAUGUAUUCAUAUUUUUAAAAGGAGUGCUGUGAGAUGCUCACACUCACUAAAUCAUCAUCAAAACAGUAAUUAGAUGCUUGUUUUGAGCACUCAGGUUUAAUCAGAGUAGGCUACACCCCUGCUCAUUAUGGAUCUAAUUAAUGUCAAUAAUGGAGUAUUGCUAAAUGACAUUCUCAGUGUCAAGUGGAAGCUUUAUCUCUCAAGAGAUCAGUGAGGAAAGUUUAUCUUUCAGUGCACACAGGUCAGGCGUGCAAUCAUCUGUUUGCCGCUUUUGGAUGCAGCAUCAUACAUCUGCUGCUAAACAAUCUUUGAGAGAACUUCAGGUAAGACACGUUCACUGACUGUUAGCACAUGUUUGAACUUAGGGAGAAUGUAUUUUGUGGCAUGAUUACACAUGUGGUUUAUAUAGAGGUCUGAUGUUCAAUAUGAUAUGAUUUCUCUUUGUCAGAGAGGGGAGGUUUUAAACAGAGCCUGUCCUCCCAACACACAGACUGCAGAGUUCAACAAUGUCUUUUCUCAAAGCUGCUUUAAACGACUCUCUCAUCAUUCACCCUCCAGGCUUCUAUAUCAUCGGAUUUGAGACAUUUCCCUUCAUCAGUGUCUACUUCAUCUUUCUAGUGUUUGUUUAUGUGGUGACAGUGCUGUUCAACAGUUUGGUGAUCUAUGUUAUUGCCUUUAAUCACUGUUUACACACUCCAAAAUUUUUGGCUGUUGUCAACCUCGCAGUUAUUGAUGUGAUCUUAAACACAUGCACUAUUCCAAGUAUGAUAAAGAUAUUCCUUGUUAAGGACAACUUUGUUCCAUUCAACCUAUGUCUGUUACAAAUGUUUGUCUACUACGCUUUUGGGACUUUGGAGUCAUAUGCACUCGCUAUACUUGCCUAUGACAGGUUGAUCGCAAUAUGUUUCCCUCUGCGUCACAACUCAAUCAACACGCUGCGGAGCAUGUCUUGUAUUGUUGGCCUGACUUGGUCUCUUGCUGUGGGAGUAACAGCGUUUGCAACUGGUAUAAUAACUCGUCUGUCAUUUUGCAGUUCUGUCAGAGUGUUCAGUUAUUUCUGUGACUAUGCGCCUGUGUUUAGACUCGCCUGUAAUGAUUACACACUGCAGUGGACCACAGCUUCUUCUGUCACUAUUCUGCUCCUUGUGGGACCGUUUACUUUUAUUCUUCUGUCUUACGGCAGCAUCCUGGUGACUGUGUUCAGGAUGAAAUCGCUGGACAGUCGGGUGAAAGCUUUGGCCACUUGUGUUGAGCAUCUCAUUCUUGUUGCUGUCUUUUACAUUCCUCUCAUUACCAUUUUUACUAUUGGUUUUUAUCUGCGUCUCAUUGACCCGGACCAGCGUGUGCUGAGCCUGUCGCUGGCCUCCUGCAUCCCACCCUGCAUCAAUCCCAUUGUAUAUUCUUUGAAAACCAAAGAGAUCAAAAUCAGAGCCCUGGCACUGGUAAGAAAAACUAAAACUGGCACACAAUAAACAUGCGUACAAAAAAGUAAUCCAUGGAGGGUUAAUAAAACACUGCAAUAAUG